UGUCUUAGAUGGAGUUUGAUGAGAAGGAGCUGAGGAGAGAGAUCAGUUACGCCAUCAAGAACAUCCACGGAGUCAGGACAGGCCUGUUCACCCCAGACUUGGCGUUUGAGGCCAUUGUGAAAAAGCAGAUCAUUAAGCUGAAAGAGCCCUGUCUGAAAUGCAUCGACCUGGUCAUCCAGGAGCUCAUCAACACAGUCAGACAGUGCACUAAUAAGCUGGGAUCCUACCCUCGACUGAGAGAAGAGACGGAGAGAAUCGUCACCACCUACGUCAGAGAGAGAGACAGCAAGACCAAAGACCAGGUGCUGCUGUUGAUCGACAUUGAGCUCUCCUACAUCAACACUAAUCAUGAGGACUUCAUUGGAUUUGCCAAUGCCCAGCAAAGGACGGCUGCUAACAUCACCAAGAAGAGAGUCAUGCCCAAUCAGGGGGAGAUUCUUUCUGACAGAGAGAGAGAAACAGAGAAGGUGAUCCGCAGAGGCUGGCUCACCAUCAACAUCAGCAUCAUGAAGGGAGGAUCCAAGGACUACUGGUUUGUCCUGACAGCUGAGUCUCUCUCCUGGUACAAAGAUGAGGAGGAAAAAGAGAAGAAGUACAUGCUACCUCUGGACAACCUGAAGCUGAGAGAUGUGGAGAAGGGCUUCAUGUCCAGCAAACAAGUCUUCGCCAUCUUUAGCACUGAACAGAGGAAUGUGUACAAAGACCUGCGUCAGAUUGAGCUGGCGUGUGACGCUCAGGAGGACGUGGACAGCUGGAAGGCCUCGUUCCUCAGAGCUGGUGUUUACCCAGAAAAAGAUCAGCCUGCGAGUGAAGAUGUGAUGAAUCCGAGCGACACCGUGUCCAUGGACCCACAGCUGGAGCGGCAAGUGGAGACCAUCCGCAACCUGGUGGACUCAUACAUCGGCAUCGUUAACAAGUCCAUCAGAGACCUCAUGCCCAAGACCAUCAUGCACCUCAUGAUCAACAGUGCGAAGGACUUCAUCCACUCCGAGCUGCUGGCCUACCUGUACUCGGCCGGGGACCAGGGCAGUAUGAUGGAGGAGUCCCCGGAGCAGGCCCAGAGGAGAGACGAGAUGCUGAGGAUGUACCACGCUCUGAAAGAGGCCCUCGUCCUCAUAGGAGACAUCAGCACCACUACCAUUUCUGUCCCAGUGCCUCCACCUGUAGACGACAAAUGGAUUGCCAAGGACCCAAGUCCUCCACCUGCGUCCCGCCCUGCCGCAGCAACAGCGCCCCCUCCCAGCAGACCCCCUGCAGUAAGGGGCCCCACCCCAGGCCCUCCGCCCCCUCUCAACCCCUCCCCAGCAUUCGGGGGACCGCCCGUGCCGACUCGCCCACCGGGACAAACGGCCUACGCCGGGGAUCCCAACUCUGGAUCUGUGCCUCUAGUUCCUUCCAGGCCGGCCCGCGUGCCUCCCGCUCUGCCGCCAGGGAUUCCCAGGCGACCUCCACAAGUCCCCUCUCGUCCAAACCACUGGUGAAGGAUCUCAGAUGUCCUGCACUCCGACUUGUAGCCACCCAGCGUCUGACUUUAUAACCUCCUAUGUCCACAUUCUGGAACUGGAUGUAUAGUUUUUGUAAAUAUUUGUAAGGAUUGAAAUGAUGCAGAAUCAUUUGUGUUGAGCUCGCCUCAGCUCACAACAUAGCGUAUAACCUCUGAACAGACAGGCGUGUUAUGAAGCUGGCACUUAGCGUUUAUUAUGUCUGUUUCCUCUCAGUAAGUGCUGUUGAAAUACUUGAUAUUUCUCUGACUUGAUCAAUUGGAGUAUAAAAAUUCCUUGGAAAAGGAAAAAAAAUGUGUUUGACAAAUUCAAGAAACAAUCUUGAAACAAACCUGGCAUAAGUCCACAAAAUUAUAUUCCAACAAGGUUAUUUAAACUCCUGCUACAUCUUUUGUUCUCAUAUGGCCAGAUACUGUAUAAUUCAAAUGUGUUAAUGCCCACUAUGAUCUAUAAAUACGACUCUUCUCUGGCCGCCACAUUUGUCAAUGUGUGAUUAAAGUAGAAGUAACUUUGGGAAUGUCAUCAUUUUAACCCAUCCAGUGUUUCAGAUAUUACUCACUGAAAAAUGCCGUUAAUUAACCUUAUACCAACUUUAAGUUAAUGUCAGGGGCGUUUUUGUUUAAAGUUUCAAGGUCAGACGUUAGGGGGAGCUACAUCAGCAGAAAAUAAGUGCUUCUUUGCCGUUUUGGUCUCAAGUGGCUCAAAGGGAAAACACUACAAACGACAAGCAGUGAUGUUUAAUAGACUAUUUUGUAUCAAAUAUCCCAAAUGACCAGUAAAUAUGGUGCUGUAUGCUGUCAUUAGAUCAUGAUAUGAGCACUAAGGUCUCAUGAUGUACCUUCACAAUAUGCAAUUCCUAACGGAACACAUUUUUAAAAAUUACUCUGUUACUAUUUUAUUUAUUUAUCAAAGACAACUCACAACAAACCAUGUAUUUCCUGUGUAAAAAAUGCAUUUAUUGAUAUCAAUAAUCCCCAUGUAAACCUGAAUUGUACUUAUUCUAUUGAAAUGUGUAUUAAAAGCUUGUUCUUAUAAAAAAAAAACACAGCGGCUGUCUGAGCAGAAUCGAAACGUCACAUUCUGUUGACACAAACAUACAUCUCAGAAAAGGAAAGUUGGAUAGUCUAGAAAAGCAAACAGAGACACACAUCUACCAUUCAGUUUGUUGAUAAUCCUGAUACAUGUCUGAACCAACAUAAAAACAUACCUAUUACAUAUUCAUCUGGAAGCGUACUGACACAUUGUACAUUAUUGGCAAUCACGCUUAAAAUCAUCUAUGCAUGGACUCGAGCUGUAAAAAAAGAAGUCAGUAACAUCUCUAUCAAAACGGCUGUAACCAAGGAAACACCUUGUCAGACGGACAUAUCUCUAAAAUAAAGGAGAGAUCGUAAACUGCCAGGAAGAUCAAAUACACCAACAACACUAUUGCACAUUGUUAUCCCUUGUAAACCAGCAGACCAAGAGCUCUGUUGAUCACUUGUAGAGUCGUGUAAUUUAACAUACCUUUAACCUUAAGCAAGGAUUAUCACCUUUAAAAAAAGAUUCCAAAAACCUUUAACCAGUUUCA